GUCGAUUUACAACUAUGUCCAUGGUAGCCAUACUACUAAGAUCCAAGAAAAAAAAAAUCAUCACUAACCUUCCAAAAUACCACAAGCACAAACAGCCCAUUGUAAUUCCUUGCUCACGUUCUGUACUAGAUCACCACGUAGGAUCCACACACCCAUCGAAGUAAUAACCAAUCAAUCACCGGAAAAGUUCCCUUUACAGUAAUCUAAUCCACAACAACCAGUUUCACCCAUCCUCAACUCUCUCGCUCUUUUAUCAUGGCUAACAGAACUGAACCUUUACUGUCAAAACCCCACUAAAACCCAGAAAGGAUGUCACUUUCUUUUCCAGCUUUAUCAAUACCCUCUUGGGAUUCUUCAACUUCUAGACCCAUUCCUCAAUGCUCAAGUUCUCUUAAUGUCUCUGCUGGUAGCUUGCAGGUGGUGACAAAGAAUUCUGGAGGAGGUGCUGGUUUAUGUAGAAGUUUUUGUGGAUUAAAGCUAUGGGUGAUUGAAAGAUUCAAUCUUUGGAAAAAGAAUAGGGAGUUUGGACCUUUGAAGGAGUUCAUGACUAUUAAGAAUCAAAGUUUGCCAGAUGAUUCUGCUGAAGAGACUAAAAGACUUUCGAAAUCUGAAGAAAGUUCAUUGCACGAGCUUCAAGCUGAUCCCUUCACAAAUGUGCUGCCUUCACGAAGUCAUUCCUUGAAUUAUGCGACCGAGGGUGGUAGAGGGCCUUCUCUCUGCAUUGCAGUUAUUGGAGCUACUGGUGAGCUUGCAAGGGCGAAGAUUUUUCCAGCAUUAUUUGCUCUGUAUUAUAGUGGCUUUCUACCUGAGGAUGUUGUCAUCUUUGGUUAUUCAAGAAAGGAUUUGACAGACGAAGAUCUGAGAUCCAUUAUAGCUUCAACAUUGACUUGUCGCAUUGAUCAUCAACAGAACUGUGGUGACAAAAUGGAGGCUUUUCUUAGCAAAACUUAUUAUCUCAAUGGAGGUUAUGAUAACUGUGUCGGGAUGUCAAAGCUAAAUGCCAGAAUUGAGCAAAUUGAGGGGGGAUCUAAAGCAAACAGGAUAUUCUACCUAUCUGUGCCACAAGAAGCACUUCUUGAUGUUGCAUCCUGUCUAGCUGAUAAUGCCCAAACUCAUAAGGGCUGGAAUCGGAUAAUAAUUGAGAAACCUUUUGGGUUUGAUGCACUGUCUUCUCAACAAUUCACAAAGUCUCUUCUCUCUAAGUUUGAGGAGAAGCAGUUAUACAGGAUAGAUCAUCUUUUAGGAAGGAACCUCAUUGAGAACCUCACAGUGUUAAGGUUCUCUAAUCUGGUCUUUGAGCCAUUAUGGAGCCGAACUUAUAUACGCAAUAUACAGAUCAUUUUGUCAGAAGACUUACACUCGCAGACAAGAAGGUAUUUUGAUGGUUAUGGGAUCAUUAGGGACAUAGUGCACAGCCAUAUACUUCAGACAAUAGCAUUACUUGCCAUGGAGCCACCAAUAAGUCUUGAUGGAGAAGAUAUUAGAAAUGAAAAGGUCAAGGUUCUAAGAUCAAUCCGCAGAUUGGAUCCUAGUGAUGUCAUUCUUGGUCAAUAUAAAUCUACUUCUGGAGACAAAGUAAAUUUAAACAAUUUGACACCAACCUUCUUCGCUGCUGCGUUAUACAUCGAUAAUGCACGCUGGGAUGGUGUGCCUUUUCUAAUUAAAACUGGCCUGGGACUCAUCAAACACAGAGUGGAGAUACGUAUAAAUUUCCAUAAUGUCCCAGGAAACCUUUAUCGUGAACGCCUUGGGCAUAACGUUGAUCUGGCUACUAAUGAGCUGAUUCUGAGUGAUGCACCUGAUGAAGCUAUCCUGGUCAAGAUUAAUAAUAAGAUUCCAGGACUAGGCUUGCAGUUGGAUGCUUCUGAACUUAACUUGCUCUAUAAGGACAAGUAUAGUGCGGAGGUGCCCGAUUCAUAUGAGCAUCUUCUUCUUGAUGUCAUUGAUGGAGACAACCAUCUCUUCAUGAGAAGCGAUGAGCUUGCAGCUGCAUGGAAUAUUUUAACUCCAAUUCUACAGGAAGUAGACAAGAACCGUGCAACACCAGAACUAUAUGAAGUGGGAGGUAGAGGUCCAAUUGGACCGUAUUAUCUUUAUGCAAAACAUGGGGUUCGGUGGAUAGACGACUGAAGCUUGUUAAAGGCAAUAAAUCUGGUGUUUGAGAACUACUAGAUACAUGAUAGGCUGUAUACAAUAGUCUAUCUAUCUGGACUGCAAGAAAUAAAUGCGUUGAAUAUCAUGUAAAGUUGGCACUAAUUUACUGAAAUGCGCAACCAACAUGUUUCCCUGUUU